CGCCCGAGCGUUAGAAACAUGGAGAGAUUUUUCCUGCUCGCCCUCAGCUGCCUCGUCUCUAGAGUCACAGCGGAUAGCCUGCUGCCUCCUGUCAAUGUGACCAUCAGGGAGGUGAAGGCCAACUCUGCCAUCGUGUCAUGGGACAUCCCCGAGGGAGACCCCGUCAUUGGCUUUGCCAUCACGCAGCAGAAGAAAGAUGUGCGCAUGCUGCGAUUCAUCCAGGAAGUCAACACAACCACACGCUCCUGUGCAUUAUGGGACUUGGAAGAGGAGACGGACUACAUCGUGCACGUCCAGUCCAUCAGCAUGUCUGGGACGAGCCCUCUGAGUGAACCGCUACGCUUCCGAACCCCGAAAGAGGCCGAGACUCAGGCCUCUAAGAGUAAAGACGAAGUGACCAUGGAGGAAGUGGGCCAGAGCAGCCAGCUGAGGGCGGGAGAGCUCAUCAUCAUCGUGGUGGUGCUCAUCAUGUGGGCAGGUGUGAUCGCUCUCUUCUGCCGCCAGUACGACAUAAUCAAAGACAACGAGCCCAACAACAACAAGGACAAAGCCAAAAACUCCUCGGAGUGCAGCACUCCUGAACACCCGACAGGGGGGCUGUUGCGCAGUAAGGUAUAACCCACCACCCUCCUCCCCCCCUCAGCGGCACAGGCCAGUUCCCCAAGAACAACAACAACAACAACAGGAUACCAUCUGUCAACAUCAUUGAAGUGUGACUGCCAGAAUGUUUUCCUUACCCACAAUCCCCACAAAUGACUUCACACAAAUAAGCGAGCCUCUUUUUAAGCGCGUGUGCUUGUCAGGAUGACGCUGGGACCGCAGGCCUCUCUCCGUGAUGCCGUUCCUCCUUUAGCACGGCUCGUGAAGCUGCAGGACUGCAGAACGAUGCCGGUGUGAGAGCGAUGCCGGUCUGAGAGCGAUGCCGGGCUGAGAGUGAAGCUGGCAGUGGAGAGUUCUGCGAUCGGUGGCCGCGGUACCGCAGGGAAGCAGUUAUCAGUGGCACGUGGAGCGGAGACUGCAGACACAGCAACCCCAGGGACCCAAGCCAAUAAACACAGCCAGAGACCUUUUCACUCUCUCGCCUCUUGUUUCUCACCAUCAUUCAGUUCAUUCACUCACCAGAAAAACCUGAACACUUUUCUUUACGGACAUGUUAUAAUUGUCAUGUCGAGUUGAAACUCGUGCAGCAAUUUUUUUCAGCUAUUAUAGUGCAGUGAGUAUAUAAAUAUAUAUAUAUUUCUCUUUUUUUUCUCUCUUCGCCCCAAAUGUCAAGUUGAAGGUGGUGCCACCAGGUGUUGCCUCUUUUAUUUUUUAUUAUUUUUCCUGCCUCUGCUGUUCUGGCGAGCUUGUUUUCCCCCUCAGGGAAUCCAGACUCCACCUGGCUAACUGAAGAGCCAUUUCCAUUUCCAGGAUGUGCUGGUGCUGCUCCAGAGCAGCUUUGGAGAAAUUACUCCGCUGAAUCACCAAAAGUCAUUAACACAUACCGAGUAGCAUCCCUGAUCUGAACAAAUGCACACUGGUACAUCUUAGUAGAAGCCAGAGCUGGAAUCAUCUCCGUCACAUUGGCCUUUCCCUGCUCACCUUCUCACACGCUCGUCGUUGCUGAUUUCUUGAAAACAACAUUCCACACGCAGAAUGAAGGAUCCCUUUAGUAUCUCCGACUCCUGGUGACCUUUUCUUUUUUUUUCCCCCCGUUGAGGGUGAUGGAUUUCACAGCGUUCUGGACGAGAGCAGAGCUUCGAUAACGGGAGCGCUUUCAUCUAAUUAAUGAACUUUAAAUGGGGCUGCAUUAUAUGGACGCGUCCUUGGAGAAGAGAUUCCUCAAAUCAGCAAUAACAGCCAUCACUGGAAGCAAAGUCAGCCGGGACACGAACUCUGCAAUCCCCCGGACAAGAACUCACCCUCUCCGCAUGUGACAAACUGCACUUAACAAGACGGUGGAAUAAACCUUGGACAGUUUUCAGACGGUUCCCUGAAGUGUUCAAGCACUGCUGUAAAAACUUUGGUUUCUGUUGGUAAGCAUGAAAAGAAAAAGAAAAAGAAAAAAA